AUGGGGCGCAAGCCCACUGAGAUCAACGUCAGAGAGGUAGAGCUCCCCAAGGAACCCUACAACCCUCGCCCGUAUUUGAUGCAGUUUCGGAAAUAUCCCGGCGUUGUUUGUGGUCUCGGAGCUGAAUACUUCUACCGAGAUGAGCAGCGCAGUCCUUUGACGUACUACCACAACCGCAGCCCGAAGACUGGUGACACUGUACUUGUGGGUGCGACCGAUCCUCGGGCAAGAGAAGCAAGGACCAUAGACAACUAUGCCAAGGAAAGAACUAGAGGCUUUGCCGUUCAGAUCAUCCUUGAGGGAAGAGGCGUAAAAGCUUACUGGGAGCCCAAGGCCCCCUUCUUGAAGGCCCGCCUUGGGGUUGGUGCAAAAGUGAUUGACAUAACCGAAUAUGUCAAAAGGGAUCCAGACAUUCAGGUCAAUGUCAGCAAGAAGGGUGAUUUGUUGGUGCUUCAUGGACCCAACAAGGCACGUGUGGGUACAUUGGCCUAUCGCUUGCUGAAGAAGUUGCAGCCCAGAUUGCAAGUGUACACGGGUAAAGGUGCUCACUUCGCCUUCCACCCGGCAAAGAGGAAGGUCGUGAGGAAGAAGUAA